GUUUUGCGAAUCAAUUCGGUACCGUACGAUUCUUACUGGAUUCAAACAGGAUUCCGGUUCCGAUCAGGUACAGGUACAGUGGAUCUGGAUAUACUACCUGCCCGAACCCCGAACUGUACACAGAAUAUUAUACUCGCUUUUGUGCAAAACGAAAUACAAAGUGGUUGUUUGUUUAGCUAGAGUGUAACAUUACUUUUCGACAGUUCUGUUUUUUUUGUUUUUGUUUUUGGUAUGUGUACGUACGGCUGAGGUAACUAGUGGUGAUUGUAAUAAUGUAAUGUUUUGAGUGCAGGAACGUGCGGGUUGGGAAAUGUGAGUGCCACUCCCUUUACGCAUAUUAGAUGAAAAUGAGUGAACGAGUGGCUCACUGUGAUGGGAUCUGACUGGACUCGGUGAGAGGCAAAAGGCAUUGGGAAUCUUGCUAGAGAUUUGGCAGCAGAUAGCCAGCUUCUUCCUGUGACUAGUGCGGUUUCCCCCGGUGCGUUUGGGAUGCGUGUGCUUUUCCUUUGACGUGCAAAGUGUAAAAUUUGGUUCUAAUUAUUUUGCGGCGGCCGUGUGCACAGAAAGUCGCACUUUGCCAGUGAUUUUGCUUCCCGCUUUGCCAAUCGCUUCCUGAAAAGUUUGCUGGGCGUUUCAACGAUGGAAUGUCAUUGAAAAAUGUUUUGCAUAAGUUGUACUGAUUAUUGUGUUUAAUUGGUGCUUGCUGUGAAUCUCAUUCCUAUCUUUAAUAGGAUACUUCGGAAAGUUUCAGAAAGGUGUGUUUUUUCAUCAGCCUUCGAUUGUUGUAAAAGAGAAGCUCUGCUGGAGAUUUUUCCAGGGACGAGCCAGAAAAGUUGUGAGGAAAAAAACGCCCCACCCUCCAGUCUACUCAGCACGGUACAUGGAUGUUGAACAACAUAUUAGAGUGUGGCUAGCAUCAAUGGUGAAUUUCAGCUUGCAGCUACCAGUAUAUUCGGUAUUUUCACUGGUUCUGCUAAUGUGUGAUCUUGAUUAAUUUGUUGGACAUUGACAUUAGUUAAUCAGUGGUUAGUACAAAAUUUGACAGGAGCAAGAUUGUAGUCCAUAGUAGUGUUCUUACUUGCGUGUGUAUUUGUGUGGGGAAAGAAAAGCGCCACCGUGGUGGUGAGACGGUCGGAAAAACCACCCCCUAGCAGUGGGAUACUCAAGGAAGCUCCUCUGCUCCGUGAGUUACCACGAGUGAAGUUCCCAAUCGCAGUAAACAAUUCGAUAGCGCAUACACGCGCACGUGCUGCUGAACAGCGAGUUGUAAGUUGUAAAAGUGUUUCGUCCGUUGCUUAGUAGUGUGAGUGUUGAGUUCCGUUACCAGUCGAACGGUACUCUUCGGCUGAAGUUAAGCGUCGGCAUCCCGACCAUAUCAGGAUCAGGAAGCUGUGGCAUCAGCGGACUAGGCCGGGUUGCUCCAUCGGGUUGCUACUUUCUCGGUCAGUGUUACAGGAGAAUCCAUAUCGAGCAGACACACCGGCUCCAGCGCCUGUCCCUCAGGUGUGUCGGUGUGGUAAGCCCACUCUGCUGCUGCAGCUGCUGGACAAAGCGGAUAUUACCCAGCAGCUCCAAAAAAGGGAGCUGCCUCCAGUGCGGCCAAAUUGAAGAUCACCAGUUACCGGUGGCGCCACCUGAGUUGGCAGUUUAGGACGGGACUGGCGACGUUCGUGACUUGAAUUAUCUCGCGUGUGUUUUUGUAUCUUCACUAUUUGUUUCCGUUUACGCUUCGUGCUGGUCUCGACAGUGAUUUAUUUACAAGGAAAAAAGUUGUUUACUUUCGUUUCGGUAAACUGAAACGUGCGCGAAGCUGAGAAUCAGCGAAAAUCGGUAAUAAAAUAUGCGUUACUGGCUCCGGGUGAAAAUUUGAUGGUAUUCUGAUUGCCCUGCUGCCGCCGAACGUGUGAAUAGAGCCAAAAGUGACGCAACGCAUAGAUUAGUUCGUUCGGAGGAAAUCGAACCUGAAAACGAUUGGAAACUUGCAGGGUGGCCACCGCAUUGUGUAGUAAACUGAAUGAGUAUCAGCGUGCGUCCAGUGACUAUUUAUAGCCGUGCAUAUGAGUUACGUUGAAUAUUAUCUAAAUUCAAGCGAAUGGACAGUGCAUCGCGUAUAAGUGAUAAGGAAUUUUGAGUGAAUACAGAAUAGAAUAGUGCUGGAAGGAAAGCAAGAGAGGGACGACAACUAAAUUGAUUAAAUAAAGUGAAUUUUUUUUUUUGGAAGAAAAAACUGGCUUAGUCAAUAAGAAAAAUAAGAAUAAAGAACGAAUUGAAUUGAUACAACAGAACGAAGGCGCUAUCACCAUGGCUGACGAUGAGAUUCUGUUUGAUGACGUCUACGAGCUGUGCGAGGUGAUUGGAAGGGGUCCCUUCUCGAUCGUCCGUCGCUGCAUCCACCGGGAGUCCAAUCAGCAGUUUGCAGUUAAAAUUGUGGACGUUGCAAAAUUCACCGCCAGUCCCGGUCUCAGCACAUCCGAUCUGAAACGAGAAGCAACAAUAUGUCACAUGCUGAAACAUCCGCAUAUUGUCGAGCUGCUGGAAACGUACAGCUCCGAAGGCAUGCUCUAUAUGGUUUUCGAAUUCAUGGAAGGAUCGGACAUCUGCUUUGAAGUGGUCAGACGUGCCGUGGCCGGAUUCGUGUACAGCGAGGCAGUGGCGUGCCAUUACAUGCGGCAGAUCCUGGAGGCUCUUCGUUACUGCCACGAGAACGACAUCAUCCAUCGGGACGUACGGCCGGCGUGUGCUUUGCUCGCGACCGCAGACAACUCAGCCCCGGUUAAACUAGGCGGUUUCGGAUCGGCUGUUCAGCUUCCGAACGGGCGUGACUCGGUGGAGACGCACGAACCGCUCCGUUCAUACUUGAGUCCCCGAGGAAAGCUCUAUCUAAAGUCCGACGGCGAGGGUCGAGUUGGCUGUCCACACUACAUCGCGCCGGAGGUGGUGACGAGACGGAUGUAUGGCAAGGCUUGCGACGUUUGGGGUGCCGGCGUGAUGCUGCAUGUCCUGCUGUCGGGCCGGCUGCCCUUCCAAGGUUCCGGCAAGCGGCUGCAAGAGGCGAUCGCACGCGGUCGCGUUAUGCUUGACACACCGGAAUGGAAACAUGUUUCCUCCACCGCUAAGGACCUGGUGUUAAAGAUGCUCGCAGCGAAUCCAAUCAAUAGGCCCACUAUAUCGGAAAUUCUGGAACAUCCCUGGAUGAGGGACCGUGAUAAACUUCAGCGGACCCAUCUGGGAGACACGGUUGAAGAGCUGAAACGUUACAAUGCCCGUCGCAAGCUGAAAGGCGCGGUGCAGGCGGUUGCCGGUGGGGUCGCCCUGGAUCCACUUUGCUGUGCCGAUACCGACUCAAUGGCGAUCGGGACCGCAUCCGAGAGUUUGAAUGAGUGGGCUGACGAAGAAGCGGGACUGGAGGCGAUUCAGAAAAUCCUAGACUCGCUGGACGAUAUCAUUGCUUUGCAAGAUGCACACUGCGAUCCGGAAGUUUUGGCUAGUAUGCUGCGCGACAUCAAACUGCACGAGCUGUUACAGUUAUACGAUAGAGUUAGUAGUUCUGUUAUUAAUCCGUCACGGGCCCCGCCUGGGGAUGCCAUCAACCGCUGCCGGGACGUUAUCGAUGCUGUCAGUUCUGCUCCGGGCCACAAAUAUGGCCGGGAAAAGGCCGAACUCAUCAACCUGCUAGGAUCGUCACACAUACAGGCUCUAUUACACACGCAUGACGUGGUAGCUAGAGAAGUAUACGGCGAGGAAGCACUACGGGUAACACCACCACCGAUCGCACCAUACCUGAAUGGAGGCAACGACGAGAUCGACAACGGUGACGCCGCCGACCUGCAGCACGUCACACGCGUCCGGCUGGUGCAGUUCCAGAAGAACACCGACGAACCAAUGGGCAUAACGCUGAAAAUGACCGAGGACGGUCGCUGCAUCGUCGCCCGGAUCAUGCACGGUGGCAUGAUUCACCGCCAGGCGACGCUGCACGUCGGCGAUGAGAUCCGGGAGAUCAACGGCCAACCAGUGCAGCACCAGACCGUUAGUCAAUUACAGCGGAUGCUGCGGGAGGCGCGUGGUUCCGUUACGUUUAAGAUAGUUCCUUCAUAUAGAAGUGCCCCACCGCCGGUAGAGCUAUUCAGGAUAAGACCGGCGCCUGUUUUAGUUGAUCAGAUUUUCGUUCGUGCACAGUUUGACUACGACCCGCUCGACGAUGAGCUGAUUCCGUGCGCCCAGGCUGGGAUAGCUUUCCGUGUUGGUGACAUACUGCAGAUUAUAAGCAAAGACGACCAUCACUGGUGGCAGGCUCGGCACGAUGCCGCCGGGGGUUCGGCCGGAUUAAUUCCCUCGCCAGAGCUUCAAGAGUGGCGCAUUGCCUGCCAGUCAGCGGACAAAACCCACAAGGAACAAGCAGUUAAUUGCUCAAUAUUUAGCCGCAAAAAGAAGCAGUGUCGGGACAAGUAUCUGGCCAAACAUAACGCCGUGUUCGAUCAGCUGGAUCUUGUGACUUACGAAGAGGUCGUAAAAGUUCCAGUGGGUGAUCCGGCCUUCCAGCGAAGAACUCUGGUGCUACUAGGAGCUCACGGUGUCGGUAGACGUCAUAUCAAAAAUACCCUCAUAGCUAAGUACCCGGAUAAAUACGCUUAUCCAAUACCACACACCACCAGACCGCCACGGCCGGAUGAGGAAAACGGUCGCAGUUACUAUUUCAUAUCACACGACGAAAUGAUGGCGGACAUUGCGGCCAACGAGUACCUCGAGUACGGCACCCACGAGGACGCCAUGUACGGCACCAAGCUGGAAACGAUCCGGCGGAUCCACGGCGACGGCAAGAUGGCAAUCCUAGAUGUCGAACCACAGGCCUUAAAGAUAUUGCGCACAGCCGAAUUCACACCGUACGUUGUGUUCAUCGCCGCCCCGCUGCUGCAGAACAUUGCUGACUAUGACGGCAGCCUCGAGCGCUUGGCUAAGGAGUCGGACAUGCUGCGCCAAGCGUACGGGCAUUUCUUCGAUCUGACAAUCGUAAACAACGACAUCGGCGAGACGAUAGCAACGCUGGAGAAUGCAAUCGACAAAGUGCAUUCUACGGCCCAGUGGGUGCCGGUGUCCUGGCUGUACUGACAAGAUAGUGAGCUAGAAUGUCCCGCAUGUUUGGAGGAGGAGUGCGACUGCGAUUGUGACUGUGAGCUAGACCUUAAGUAAACGGAGUGCACGGAAUGACGAAACGGAGAGCAGCAACAACCAAAGCAAAAUAAGAUUAAAACAGCAAUAACAACGGCAGCAAAAAUAAACUAGACAGUUUCAUACACAACACAAUUGAAAGUAAUGCAACACUGUUGGUACUUGAGAGAGUUCAAGUUCUAAGACACCACACCCUCGAAGUACGAAAGGAAAUAACGAAAAAUAACACACAUUCAAUCACACAGAAGAUCACUUAUCUAACCAUUGUUUGAAAACGCAGUAUUAAGAUGAAGUCCAGUUUGCGAUAAUGCCAUUGGAUAAAACGAUUGGUAUCUCAAUGUGUUUUGAAUAAUAAGUCAAAUUAUUUUGAUCGAUCAAUGGCUGUAUUUGUUUUGAAUCACGUGUAAAACAAGUUACUAUUCCAUUUUAAGACAUCAUUUUAGCUGAUCAUUUGGUUUCCGUUUAUUGUUACCUAAAAUAUCAUAGAGAAAGUAAUCAAAACACACAAAAACACAAGCAAACAAAACGCAUGCAUUUACGUUCGAUACGGAAACAAACAAUGGAAAAUCAUCGAAUUUCAAAACCAAAAAAAAACAAAUAAAGGCAGCAAAAAAGCAACAGCACAAAGCAAAAACACACAAUUACUUAUGCAGCAAGUUUAUCACUUUUACGCACCGACAACCGGAACGCAACUGAAACACACUGAUUACCGAGCUGCAAGAGAAAAAAUUACAGAUAAAGAAAGGUUUAUAACAAGAUUUACUAAUAACGAAGUGAUAGAGAAAAAUAAACAAAACAAAAAAGGUAGAACAGAAGAUGCGAAAAAUACAAAAAAAAACUCGAACAGUAGCAAGAGCAAACACUAGAAACAGGACACGGACGAGGGCGUUAACGCAAAGUAAAGGAGCUAAACAAAACUGAAACAUAAAAAAGAUGGAGAAUAUUAGUUAGACUUAAUAUUAACCGAAAAAAACAAAUGUUAACAUGAUUAUUAAUAAUUAACGAUAAACAAAAUUACAAUUAAAGAAAGGGAAAUAGAAAAAAAGAGAGAGCAAAGCUAUCACCAGGCAGCAGGCGGUAAAGAAACUCAAAGAAAUUCAAAUUCCAACGUAAUGCAUGCUAGCAGCGAAGUGCGAAAGGAAAACGGUAGACUAAAAAAGGAAAAGAUUUUUAUUGAAUCGGAAACCGAACAAAAACAAAAACAAAAAAAAACACAAAAUGUUUAAUCUAUAUACGAUCGUGGUUGAAGCAGAGUAUGAAGGAAAUCGAAAUUUCAAACAAACAGUAGUAGAUAAUCUAUUAGCAAAAAAAGAAUUCAGGGUUCAAUGGUUUAACUUAACAAAACACAGACACACAAACACACACAGAGACACAAACAUAUAAACAAUUAAACACACAAGAUCACAAAAAUAGGCAGGUCACCUGCGCGGGUCGUACGUGCGCGCGGUGCGCGUUCGCCACCCACGGCUAUCAACAGUUAGUACACAAAUACAAACCGUUUUCGCAAACUCCAGAGGUCCGGCCUUAGUUGUUAGCAGAUGUAGGAAAAUCGUUGUUAAGUUUGUCCGUUACCGAGUGUUACUGUUCCAGCAGCCCGAUUCGGUUCUAAUUCUAAUAGGUUUUUGUUUUGUUCUAGAUUCUAGUUGUUAAUGUUUUACCCUUUUCUACUGCUUUGCGCUGGUUUUAAAAUUACAACUAACGUAAUGAAAUUCUGUGCAAUAUUACAGCUCUUUUUUCCAUUUCGAUUCUCUAACCAGAACAAGAACCAUCUCCUAUGUGAAAUAAGGUCGAAACUCGGUUCAAACCAAUCACAUAGCUAGUUCACAUAAGAGAUAGUUGUUAUUCUGGGUUCGAACGAAACUAACUUUUUUUUUAAAUUGAUCAAAUCAGCAAUUGAUUUGAUCGGUAUAAUAGUGUUUGAACGUUUUGAACGAAACGCAGAAAGAGCUUUUUAUCUAGUAGCAAAUUACAGCUCUAAAUUGGUGGCACAAACAUGCCAGCUCUACGAUUGUAAGCUGCAAUUUAGGAUCAUUAUUCAAUAGUUAUUUACAUAUUUACGUGAACUGUGAGAUUUACAAGAAAAAUUAUUAUUGCCGGAUGACCAAACUGAUCGAGCUUCCAGGUACAAAAGGGUGGUGUCGAAAAAUUUCGAUUGAAAGUUGAUCAACCCUUUGAAAAAAAAAGCUUGAUGUCUGCAGACGGAGAUUCGACACCGCCAGGUCUCGUCCAGUUUGGAACACAGCGCACAAAAUAUAAAAUCGUAUUUAGGUAUCCUUUAUUUUCCAAAACUCUGUCUAGACUCACUCAAUCGUGCUGAUCAAACGUAAGUAUUAAACUCACAUGUAACCAUAUAUGACACAAUCACACACUUCGAUGCUGCAAUGCAACAAGCAAUUUAGUUGUUUAACUAAUUCUUCAACUGCUGAGCACUGAAAAACUGGUUAUUCACGUAAAGUUGAUUGUUGUGACGCGCGCGCAGAUAUAAACACGUAAAAAUUACAAUAUAACCAGCAAAGAAACCAAAAGCAUUUCUACUUUGAAGCAAACAAGAACUAACACUACUACCGAAAACAAACAAAUUAACAAUUCCACGCAUACCCGCACUGAAACCCGGCAAACGAUACAAGCAGUUACUGAUGAACCUUAAAAAAAAACCGAAUCGUGCAUAUAAACAACACCUAAUGGAAACUAUAUAGAAGAUAUAGUUUUGACUCCAAUGAGAAUAAAUUGUACAUCAUACAUGUAGGAAGAAAGUUUUGACAAAGGUAAUAAAGAAAAAGGAAAAGUUGAUUUGAUAAAAAAAAAGACAACUAAAUCAACUACAUCAUAUAAAUUUGCUUCGGCAAAACGAGAGCAUCAACCACAACAACAACAACAACAAUAACACAAAAUUCACCAGAGUUGAGUAAAGAGAAACAAAGCAGUAACCGAAUAGUGUAUU